UGCCAAGAUUGAUUAGAUCCAGUCAAGUCCUCUACUUAGAAGAAUAAAUAUAUUUCUCAAUACAUCACCCUUUCUUGUUUUCAAUCUAAUCUUAAUCCUUCCAAAAGUUCCUCACAGCAACCAAAACCCAUCUUUGUGAUCUUUCCAUAUGUUGAACCCUUUUGUUUGUGGCACUUUCCAUCACCAAGAAGAAGAUGGUGGAGCAUGUUCAAGCCCCAGGAAGUCCAAAAGAAAAGGUAACAACCCAUACUCCAAUCGAGGCUUAGACAAGUUUUCUGCACUUUUGGCUGAUCUUAACGAGAGAAGGCAAAAGGUUUACUCACAGAUGAGUCCUCAGGAUAUAUCUAUCGUUCGAUUUGCGUAUUCCAGCAAUGAUGAUUUCGUUCCCAUCGUGGUCAAAGUGAAGAACAAGGAACAGAAAAAACACAAGAGCGAAGAACUCAGAGUUAGACAUUUCACACCUUUCUUGGAGCAAUUGGAGAAACCUAAUGAAGCCACAGUGGAAGAAAGAAAGCAACCCAAGUUGGAAUCUCAUAAGAAGAAUUAUGGGUUUUCUUGGAACAUGUUGAAGAGGCCUUCUUUUUAUGUGCCAUUGGUUAUGGUAUUGAUUUUGGUUUUCUUGACCGUGUUUGGGAGAUCCUUUGCAACACUUUGCACUUGUGUUAUGUGGUAUGCGGUCCCCAUAUUGAGUGGUGAUAGCUCGAAUCCUAGGAAAUUGAAGAAGAAAGAUAAUAAUAGUGAAAAGAAGAUGGUGAAAACUGAUCAAGGGUUACUUUCUCCAAGGAAACAUGGCCACCAGAAAAGCUGGUGAAGAUCGAUUAUCUGAUAUAAUUCGUUCUUUUUUUAAUGGUUUUUCUUCCAUUUCCCUUUUCUUCGUUAGUAUGUGUAAAUAUGUACACGUUUUCUUGGUGACGUUCUUGAGACAGGUUGAAAAUUCAAUACUUCUCUUGAUGGCGUUUUCCCAGUGUAAAUUGUGUAGAGAGAUUGGGCUCGUAUAUAUAAUGAUGUAUAUGGAGCAUUCAUGAUUUUGUAAAGUUCUUUAAAAUCAAACGCGAUGAUGAUAAUUCCAGUCUCGAGGCUUUUAAAGAACAUUAAGUAUACAUUCUGAUUAAACAGCUAACAUUU